CCCAUGACAACGUGUAGGAGAAAAACGGUACAAGGUUUUGAAAAGCUGAAAAGCUGCAACCAGGUCUGCUGCAAGUCUUUUGGGACGUGUCUUGAGAUAUGAGCCUCUAGGGACGCGACAGGAAGCAGCGGGACGUCUACUUACACAAACAAAGCUCCACCACGUAAGCGUAGUAGGACCAGCAGACGACAAGGGCGAUAAAAAUCACAGGGAUCCAGGCUAAACCCCGUUGACAGCAUCUCAGUACGUGUGUGGGCGCCAUCUUUCUUCCUCUGCUAGGGGACCAGGGAGUGUUCGACGUGAAGACGUAGCCACGUCACUGCACGAGUGGCUUCAGCAACCUCCACCAGUAUCAAGAAGGAUUUACCGAAAUACUUCACCUGAUUAAGGGGUCAGUUCCUUCUGUCUAUGGAACAACGGACGCAGCAAAGUGAUGGCGAACGAGGCCAAACCAUGCCCCUGUGAUAUUGGUGAUCGGUCUGAUUAUGGAGGGCUGGGCCAAGAGGUCCAGAUUGAGCACAUCAAAGCAUACGUAGUAAAACCCUCCGGCGCAUCGGACAAGGCUGUGAUUGUGAUCCAAGAUAUCUUUGGAUGGGAGCUUCCCAACACCAGAUACAUGGCUGACAUGCUGGCUGCGAAUGGAUACAUUGCUGUUUGUCCAGACUUCUUUGUUGGGAAGGAACCCUGGAGUCCAACCAAAGACUGGUCCAAAUUUCAGGAGUGGCUUAAAGAUAAAAAACCAACAGAGAUUAACAAAGAGGUUGAUGCUGUGCUGAAGUACCUGAAGGAGCAGUGUGGGGCCAAUCGUAUCGGAACAGUGGGUUUUUGCUGGGGAGGAGUUGCAACACAUUACGUGGCCUUACUAUAUCCAGAAAUCAAAGCUGGAGUGUCUGUUUAUGGGAUAGUUCGUGAAAGGGAGGACAAGUAUGCGCUAAAGAGCCCAACACUCUUCAUCUUUGCAGAAAACGAUAAUGUCAUCCCUCUGGACCAGGUAAGCACCCUGGAAGCAAAUCUUAAGGAGAAAUGCACCGUAAACUUCCAGGUGAAAAUAUUUCCUGGACAGACUCAUGGCUUUGUACACCGGAGGAGAGAGGACAUUAACCCUGCAGACAAACCCCAAAUUGAGGAGGCCAGAAAGGACAUGCUCAACUGGCUCAAUAAGUACAUCUGAGCAGAUGUAGAAGAGACAAUAAAUCUAAGUUUGAUAAGUUGCACUUAAGUUGAAAUUGUUGCCUCAAAAUCCAUAAUCAGAACCAAAUCAAUAGUUGUGAUUGAUUAUUUUGGGGUGAUAUUAGAUUACAAUACAAAUGUGUUUUUUGAUGUCCUGAUAAUACUAAAGAAUUAAAAAUAUAUAUUUUAACCAA